GCUUCUUACUAAUUCUUCUCCUUCUUAUCCUUCUAAUUAUAAUUAGUUUCUUUUUUAUAUUGAUAUUCAUCUCUUUAUAACAAUGGCAAGCACAGGCUUCAGAAUUUUAUGUCUAAUGGCAGUACUUUGUGUGGUCAUGCCAAUCUCAUCAGCCACAGUCUACACUGUUGGAGAUACAGCAGGCUGGUCAUUGGGCGUAGAUUAUAGCACUUGGACUAGUGACAAGACUUUCGUUGUUGGAGAUAGUCUAGUGUUCAACUAUGGAAGUAGCCACACAGUGGACGAAGUGAGCUCCACCGACUACAGCUCCUGCGCCGUGGGCAAUGCUAUAAACUCCGACAGCAGCGGCGCCACAACAAUCCCUCUCAAAACAGCCGGCACUCAUUACUUCGUCUGUGGCGUCACCAGCCACUGCAGCAACGGCAUGAAGCUGGCCGUCACCGUCAAGGCCGACAGUUCUUCCGCCACCCCAUCUCCCGACACUUCCGGAUCGGGUUCUGCGUCGCCUUCCGGUGGUUCGACCGGUACCGGUUCGACAGCCACACCAGCAACUAGGACACCGUCGUCCCACGUUCCGGAAAAUAAUGCAUCUUCAAGGACUGCUCUGACGAUGAUGUCUGGUGUUUUGGCUGCGUUGGUUGGUUGGUUUGGCUUUUAUGUGUUGGUUGUCUCAUGAAUUCAUGAAUUGGGUGGCGGAGAGUUGGGCCGUUAUCCUUGCCAGGAUAGAGGCAGUGCGUUUGUUGUUGUUGUUGAUUCUAUUUGUAUUUCCGGGUUUAUUUUUACCUAUAGAUAUGAGUAGGUCUGCUUUCUAAUUAUUUUCAUAAAUUCCGUUUUUCUUUUUAGUUAUGUUCAGAUAUCUGAUGAUCGAGUACUACGUAGUAGGUAUCAGAAGGCAUAAUAAAGGAUAUGUAAUUAUGAACAUGAUUGAGAUUUUCAGAUCAUGUA